AUGGAUAAUGGGGAAAUUGAAAUCUCGAAUCAAGAGGCAUUCUCGAGCUUUUAUAUUGCGGAGCAGGCCCCCAGCAGCUGCUCCAUGGAGAGCUUCUUCGAUGAGAUCCUGAAGGACACCCACGCCUGCACCCACACCCACACAUGCAACCCGCCGGGGCCCGACACUUCGCAUACGCAUACCUGCUUUCAUGUCCACACCAAGAUCCUAUCCGCUCCCACCGACGGUACCGCUGAUUCUGAGGAGAAGAGCACGUCGAAGAAGCGCCCCUUCGGCAACAGGGAGGCUGUCCGCAAGUACCGAGAGAAGAAGAAGGCGUGGGCGGCUUCCUUGGAGGAUGAGGUCGCGCAACUAAGGGAGCAUAAUCGCCAGUUAAUGAAGAGGUUGCAGGGGCAGGCCGCACUCGAGGCGGAGGUGAUGAGGCUUAGGUGCCUGCUGGUGGACAUCAGGGGGAGGAUUGAAACGGAGAUUGGCUCCUUCCCUUACCAGAAACCAGGCAAGGGUGGUGGGGACCUUGCGGCAGGUUCUCUCCAUGCCAACAAUUCCGGUGGGACGCACUUUUUGAAUUCCUGCGACAUGCGCUGCAGCGAUCAGGUUUACUGUCAACAGAUGCAGGGGAAGGGUGAAUGUGAAGACGAAGAACAAAGCGCGCAGGGAUUUGGCAUAUGUGAUGUUGGUACAAUCCAGUGUGGUUCUAAUGGGAAUUGUGGACGUGGAAAUAUAUUACCCACCGAAUGUGUGUCAAGUGCCAAUAGGAAAAAGGGUAAAUUUUUUCUUGCUGUUUCUCCAUGUAACUAG